CAACUGAUGGCAGCAGCGGAUAGUCACCCUGUCUAUCUUGAUAAGCAGCAAAAUGCAGCCUUAUGGUAGAGGUCUCGACUUGAUGCUUAUUUGCCUCAUAUUUCUCGCCUGCGCAUCUGUUGGAGUGGCUUCCUCCCCUGCGUCGUUCUGCAAGUGUACCUGCUUCUCCAACAGCACAAUAAUUCCUCUUGACCCCGAAAAGUCGAAUUCUCUGUCUACACAGAGCAGUCUCUUCCGUCUCCGAAGUCACGACGAUGCCGAUGAUUUCCUAGAUAGGAGAGCGAAGAAUUACCGGUCUUUGAGCUGCAACGACUGUAAUCGGAAAUUUUGCUUCGACUAUGAUCUGCCUACUUGCAAAGGAGCAAAGGAAGAGGAUGUCUUCACAACAUGUUUUCAACGAGAUUCCAGAAAGGACCAAGCCAUUGUGUUCAUUUUCAUUAUCGCAACCGGUAGCCUUCUGGCCUGGGCAAUAAUGAAGCCCUGGAUAGGGAAAUGGCUGGAGACUGCAAGAGAGCGACGAUCAUAUAUACCUAUAUCGGGGAAUGCAGCCCAUUAGCUGGUUCCAUGUUGCCAGCAGCUUCUAAUAGAUACACAUAAUUUCCACUUCGGACGCAAAGCAUAAUGCCACCGGAUCUUCAGAAACCCCGACGUAUCGCGUCGGACUGGCUCCCUGACAUUGCCG